ACCAUUAAACCAAUUCAAAGUUUACUACACCAAAAUCCUCUCUCUCUCUCUCUCUUUUCACCCAAAUCAUCCUUGCUAGAAGAAAAAAAAGAGCUCAAGCUUAAGAGAUUACAGACGCCAGCCAAACAACCACUGAACAUCACAAGUGAGAGAGAGAAGAUGAGUAGAGGAGGAAAAGAAGUGGUGUGCGUGACAGGAGCAUCUGGAUAUGUUGCAUCAUGGCUGGUUAAACUUCUGCUCCACCGAGGUUACACUGUUAAAGCCACCGUUCGCAACCUCAGUGAUCCGAGUAAAACUGAGCAUUUGAAGGCAAUGGAAGGAGCCGAGGAGAGGUUAGAGUUAUUGGAAGCUGAUUUAGUCGAGGAAGGUUCAUUUGAUUCCAUAAUUCAUGGCUGCGUCGGCGUCUUUCAUACAGCAUCACCUGUUAUCAUUGUCACAACAAACCCUCAGGCAGACCUAAUUGAUCCGGCAGUGAAGGGAACUCUGAACGUGUUGAAAUCAUGCCACGAAACAAAAUCUGUUAGACGGGUUGUGUUGACAUCGUCUACAGCUGCAGUCGUCUACAACGGAAAAGCUAUUGGCCCCGAUGUUGUUGUCGAUGAAACCUGGCAUUCUGAUCCUGCUUUUUGCCAGGAAAAUAAGGAAUGGUAUAUACUUUCAAAGACAUUGGCAGAGCAAGCGGCAUGGAAUUUUGCAAAUGAAAAUGGCAUUGAUUUGGUAGUAAUGAAUCCUGGGCUUGUGUUAGGCCCUCUCCUUCAGCCAACUCUCAAUCUUACUUCUCAGUUUGUUGUGGACCUUAUUAAAGGAAAGUCUGGAUUUCCCUUUUAUCAAUGUGUGGAUGUUAGAGAUGUGGCUCAUGCACAUAUUAUGGGUUUUGAGAAAUCUUCGGCUAGUGGUAGGUACGUUCUGGUGGGAGAAUCAUUUACUCACCAUCAACUUCUGCAGCUCUUGCAUAAACUCUAUCCAUCAAUCGUCGAUGCUCCAACAAGCAACCCACCUCCGACAUCAACUAACCGCCCCCCGUACUCAUCGGCUCCAACUUACACUUUGUCAGCUCGCACGCGCUCAAUCUUUUGAUCAUCGACUACUUACCGCCGACAUGCAGCAGCAUCACCAACUCCAGAUGUGGACCUGGAUCGAAUCUUGCUUGGUCCAAAUCCAUAUCCGUAUUUUUUUACUUAGGUCAGGAUCCGGUCCAAAUCCAUUAGGUCCAAAAAAAUGAGAUUCAUGUCCAGAUCCAUUAGAUUCACAGGGUCUCGAGUCCUAACCCGGAUCCAUUCUUUUUUCUCUUUUAAAAAGAUUGGACGCGUGCGAGCUGACAAGGUGCAAGUCAGAAUCGAUGAGUACGGAGGCGGUUAAGUUGAUGCCGGAGGUGGGUUGCUGAAAUUAUAAAAAAAUAAAAAUAAAAAAUAAGGUGCAGAUCCACCCCUGAAGUAGAGGAUGCAAUUAAACCCAAACGUUAACGGACACUUAACGGCGUUAGGUCAGAGGGGGGAAUUUGCACCAUUUUCUCGGAGUUCAGGGGUUUAGUUGCACACACAGUGAGUAAGAGGGGUUAUACGCUAUAGGGGCUACUAUUUCGAGGGCCAAUCUGUAUAUUUUUCCUUAAAAUUAUUGUUAAAAAACAAACUAAUGUGUAAAGUGCAUCAUAUUUUUAUGCAAUUAUGAAGCAAUGUUGUUUGUGGUGGUCUGGUAGCUAGUUCACUUGUCCUUCUAGGACAGUCAUACCUAGAGUCAUAUAAAUGUUAUAAAUUGCACAAAUUGUAAUUAGUGCUCAAUGUUAAAUGUAAUUGUAAUUCCAAAAAUGCAGCAUGGAGGAGAAUUCAAUAGGUGUGGUAUCAAAGAAGAAAGCAAAAA